UCAUUUCCUGAUCCUACAGCCUCACCUGUGGUACAGCCCGGGGCUGGUGGGGCAGGCAGGAAUGCAGCAGACAGGACUCGCUCUGGUGGCCUUGGCUGCCUGUGUGGCUUUUCCCUCCUCAGAAGCCAUACUUCCCAUUGCCUCCAGCUGUUGCACUGAGGUUUCACGUCAUAUUUCCAGAAGGCUUCUGGAGAGAGUGAAUAUAUGUCGCAUUCAGAGAGCUGAUGGGGAUUGUGACUUGGCUGCUGUCAUCCUUCACAUCAGGCGCAGGAGGGUCUGCGUCAGCCCGCACAGUCACAUUAUUAAGCAGUGGAUGAAAGAACAAGAGGCCAAGAAAAAAGCUAAAGGCAACCUUUGCCACAAGAAGAAACAGGACGGCAAGAGGAACAGCAAAGGGGCACAUCAGGGGAAACCCGAAACCCAUGGCUAUAAAACUCCUUAUUAAAGCGUUUACAAAUGAAUCCACGCAGACAGUUCCUGAAGUGAACUUGGCCAUCGGUUGCUUAUAAAUGUAUCACAUCAAAUAUUCCUUAUUGAGAGACAGCAGGGCAAAACAAAAUAUGUUUUUUAAAGGAACAAUUAUACAGGAUACAAAUGUAACCAAUAUUAUACUCAUCUGAAAACGAAAUGAAAAGAUACUUCUCUUUAUACAAUGUUUUAAGAGCAGCAUACAGAUAGAAUUUCUCCAACUUUUGUGUUAGGAAGGUUUGCAAACAUACGGAGAAGUUGAAAGAUUAGCACAAUGAACACUCGUACACCUUUCACCUAGAUUAAUAACUGCUAAUAUUUUGCCACGUUUAUUUACUCUCUUCUCUCUUUGCUUGUGUGUAUAAAACAUUUUAUAUAUAAAUAUGUAAUUUUUUUGCUAAACCAUUUGAAAACAAGUUGCAAACAUCAUGAUACUUCACUUCUAAUUUUUUUUAUGUUACAACUUAACAUCCCUCAAUAAUAAAGACAUUUUGUAUGUAUGUA